UCCGUGCCCAGGCUUGUCCAACUUGGCCUGCGCAGGCCUGUCCAGGCCAGGCAGGUUCCGGUCCCACCGGAAGCACGUGGCCCCCCACCCCUUGGCGGUUGCCACGGAGACAGGGCUGUUUACCAGCUGGUUGUGUAGCCAGGCACAGGAGGCGGAUGGAGCUGAGCUGCGAGGGGCCCUGAGAAGCAAUGGCCAAAGAAGCACCUGUGAACCUCGCACCACCUGAACGCAGCACCGCGGUCGGUACCUCAGCCAACAGCUUCAUCUGGCAGCCCAGCUCCCUCAGGAUGCAUGUCAUUAGGCCCAAGUCUGCUAAGGGCCGGAAGCGGCCAAAUCUGCACAGACCACAAGGCAUGGGCGAUGGCUCACCCACUGUGCUGUCUGCUUCGUCUCCACCAUGUUCCUCUGGGUCACCAAGCAGCCAGAAACCAGGAGCCUGUGCACCCGUGUCUCCACCUCAGGGAGCCCCUGAUGAGAUGCCGGAGCUGCUGCCACAGAUGCCCGUGGGGGCCACCUCAUCACUCAAUAAGUACCCAGUCCUCCCUUCCAUCAGCAGGAGAAGCCUGGAGGACGGGGCUGUGGACACGGUGGCCAAAAAGGCCAGCUCUCUGCAGCUGAGUAGCGUCCAGGCCCUUUACCAGGAAGAGGCCCACACCACUGUAAAGUCAAGCCAAGAAGACUCCAGAACCCAAGUCUGUGCCUCGGAGAAGAAAUUCAUCAUCCGAACCAAGAUACAGAGUUCUUCUGGUGCCUCAAACAUGGAGGAGCCAACAGACCGAGAGCCGAGGCUGCUGCUGGCCAUCAGGUCACCCUCAGGCCAAAGGUUCGUGCGCUACUUCAGGCCCAGUGACAACCUCCAGACUAUCCUCACAGUGGCUGAGCAGAAAAACAAAGCCACCUACCAACACUGCAGCAUCGAAACGAUGGAGGUGCCCAGGAGACGUUUCUCUGACCUCACCAUGUCCCUGCAGGAGUGUGGUAUCCUCCAUAAGUCCGUGCUGGGCAUCUCCCAGGAAGAGGGGGAGGGGUGGCCCUGAGCCCACAGCACCAGGCUGGGGCCCCAGGUCUUCGAACAAAGAAAACGCUGGGGGAGCUGAAGCCUCCCAGCCUGGUUUUAUGUGCCACAUGGGCCCACAGAGCUCAGACCCUCAGGUCUUGUAGAGCAUGUCUGUGGAGGCAGGGGCGUACCUGCAAACGGGCCGGGCGGAGCUCCCUGGGAAACUCCCUUCUAGCCCCACGGUCUACCACUACAGCCCCAGGGAAGUUGUAAGGCCCAAGACGUCACUGCUGGCUCCUCCCAGAACUGGUUCCUUCUAGAGCACCUGCUGCCUGAGCCGGGUCUCUCGAAGCCAACUCUUUGCUUCUCUGUAUAUGACAUGAGAUUAAACACUUCCCAGAGAGGAUUCUAGUCUAGUAAAUAACCAGGGUUUAGGAAUUAUGGAACUGACAUUGUUUUUUCUUGUAAUAUUGUAAGAAACAGGCUGUUGAUCCUGUAUUUGGAAGCAGCCUCCCUCCCAAGCUGCAGGAGCGGCGAUCCCUGGGGAAUCCCUAUUGGUAUGAGGUGGCAGCAAAGGGAAGAAUGGUCUUCUGCUGUCACAAUUCUCCCCAAAACACACACACGCAUACAUACACCCAUACACACACACACACACACACACACAUAUACACAUGCAUACACACACACUCACACACACAUACACACACAUAUACACUCACACACACAUAUACACACACACACACACACACACACCCUGUUCUAAAAUGUCCUAGAGCUAGCCCAAAUAAAUUGCCUCCACAGUCAUGGGCUAGCCAAGGCUAUUUUUGAAUGGACUGACUAGGUUGGCACUUUUUGGUAGGGCCUGACUACAGAAUUCUUCCAAAAUGGAAGUAAAAUAUGCAGUCCUCUGUUGUUCUUUAAGAUGCACACAGCUACAAGUCUGUACAAGUUUGUGCUAACAGCCCCGUGGCCUACUCAGACAUAGGUAAUUUGUUUUAUUCCCCAGUCUCAUGUCUCACCCACUUCAAAAGUGGAAGGGCUUUGACACAACAUCAGUGCAUCCUGGGGUCUGAUGUCGGGCCCUCCACAGGAGAAAGAACGGGGCUCACUGAGGUCUCUCAUCUGUGCUCCUGUUGAGGUCAUGCUAUGCAGCUGGCUGAAUGGCAUGGAGUUCCCUGUCUCCCUUCACCAGAGCAUCUGCCACAAGCACAGUAGAGUCCUGUGUUUUUCCUGUGGGGACACAGAUUAUUUGCCAAAGUUCUCUUGUAUUGCAGGUUCAGCCAGACACCCACACCUCAUCUGCAUCCCUUUACUGCCAAAUCCCCAAUUGGAGUCAGGAACACAGAGACCUUCUGAGCACCUUGUCCCCCUUAGGGCAUAGUCACUGCAUGGCCCUGGGUCCUAGUACCUGCCCCCACACCCUCAGUACACAGACAAGAUAGGAUCCAGGUGUUCCUGGAGCAUCCUCUGAGCAGGGGCAUCUUGUGCACAGACAACACCAGCGGUUAGCGAUGUCCUUCUCACUGCACUGCCCCUUGGUGAUAGCUAUGACUACUCUGAACAGGCUGGCUCAUCCUCCCUAAGCCACCUCCCCCACCACACAGAUCCCUCUAGACUAGGAUAUUCCUGAAGAUUUGCAAGAUUUACCAACACACCUAGGUCCAUGGUUCCUUUAAUGGGAAAGGUCAGCUGGGGCUGGCUUUGAUGUGGGCUGGUCCAUGCAGCUGGUCACCUCAUCUACUCAGUGACCAUGGCAGAAGGGACUGGUGGCUUGGGCUUGGACUCCCCCACGACAGGUGUUUUACUUCUCCUUCAAGUGGACAAUUCUGACUCUGAUCUAAGAGCCUAUAAAAAUCACACCUACUCUGAGGCAAGAAUAAGAUCCCACCCACCCACAUGCAGCUGAGGGAUUCCAAACUUUAGAAUGUUCCCGUGAGAAAUGUAACACACUUGAUGGAUUGAAAGACUUGUGGACAUAUGGUUUUGUUGCUGCUAAUUGGCUUGGGAUUUUGGGGUGGUGGGGAAAAAGGGGGCGCACAAAGCAUAGGAAUAUUUUAGAAGACACGAUUAAAGCUAGAUUUGAGCUAUCAUAAUGAUCUCUCUUUUUCUCUUCUUGGACAAAAGAUAAUGAUACGAACAAUAAAAGCUGAUUUGUGUGAAGCAC